CUAGACCAGCGAGAGGCCUGUGAGUUGUCACGAAACUCCAGAGCUCUCUUGAAUGUAUUCUGCCUUGGGAGUUUGACCUAAGUGGAAAAGGCGGUUGCCUCAAACAGUGGGGUCCCAGAUUUGACAGCCCUCCUCUCUCUGGCACCCUGGGAGCUGUCACCUCAGAGGCAGAGUAAGCAAGGCCAUGAUGGGGAAUUCUGGCUGGCCCCUCGCAGAGCCCCUGGGCGUCUGUAGGUCUCCACACAUCCCUCCAUCCAUAUGUGGUGUGGGCUUAUCCCGAAAGGAAAUGCAUACGGAGGAAAUAGUUUGCUUUUUAGUGUGAUGUGUCCUCCUUGCCCCCAGAGUCUUUCUCUGCCACUUAGUAUUCUUGCCUUUUAAAGACACCCAACAUGCUGUGCCAUGACACCCAUCUCCUCUGCUUCGCCAUCAGCGGCCGAGCAGAGCCUUGAGUUGGAUGUUCAGAGGCACUCGUGGUGUACCACUUUCCCUUCCGGGUCCCAGAGGAGUUACUUCCCUUGGCGGGAUGCCAAGUCUAAUUGGGAUCCAUGAGACCUAUCUCAGGGCAGGGCUGCCCUCAUUGCUUCAGAAAGGAGGCUCGCCCUCCAUCUCAUCCUCAUCCUGGACUAAGGCCACUGUCUGGCUGAUGCUUGGAGCCAGCCAGCAUCCAGAGGUCCAGGUCCAUUCCAUCCUAUGGAAGGAAUGUCCAGAAUGGCAGAGGGCAGGAGAGAAACUCAGCUGAGCUGGUCAUUGCCUAAGAAUGAGCCAACCAUCAGGACCACCUGGGACCCUGGCAACCCUGGCAAGAGAAGAAACCAACAUAUUUCUGGGAUGUGAGGGCCAGGGUACCUGUCCUUUAGUUCAUCUGAGGUAUAGGGUUGGAUGCAGAAGGAUUUAUUAAUCGCUCAGUAAAUGUUAGUUGCUUCCUACCCAUGAAAGGGAUACUUCCUUACCCACAAAAGCUCCCAAAAGGUCCACUGGGGAGGAAAAGCGUAGCAGGCUGCAAACCACUCCUUACAGACUUACAGAGCGCCUUCUGUUUUAGUCUCUUUUAAGCAACAUGGCCACCACUUGGGGUGGCCUGACUGGGUGACCAUGAAGGGGAAGGCUCUGUCCUGAAUCUGGCUGCCACCGCACUGCCACAAACCCAAACUUCAUUGUCGGCUCCGAGCCUGUCCUGGUCCUUGGAGGUGGGCCACAGCCACGGGGAAGCAGCCUCCUCCCUCCGCCUACCCCAGAGCCGUGCUGACGAUUUCAAACGCAUCUGUUCUCGCAGUGAAUAAACAAGAUACAGAUCUUUGCCAGCAGCCAGUGGUGUGGAAGAAUGGCGGUGAGCCACUCAGUGAAAGAGCGGACCAUCUCGGAGAACAGCCUGAUCAUCCUGCUGCAGGGCCUCCAGGGCCAGGUCACCACCGUGGACCUGCGGGAUGAGAGUGUGGCCCGCGGACGCAUAGACAACGUCGAUGCCUUCAUGAACAUCCGCCUGGCCCAGGUCACCUAUACGGACCGUUGGGGGCAUCAGGUUGAGCUGGAUGACCUCUUUGUGAUGGGCCGGAAUGUCCGUUACGUCCACAUCCCCGAUGACGUGAACAUCACCGCGACCAUCGAGCGGCAGCUGCAGGUCAUCCAUCGGGUGCGCAACUUUGGUGGCAUGGGGCGCCGGGAAUUUCCCUCCAAAAACUCUAAGUGAGCCUGUUCCCUCGGCCAGCCCUGGUCCCCGCCCCUGCCUGGUCCAGAGUUCUACUGAGCCAAAGCAUGUUCUCCCUCACCGCCCAGAACCUGGGAAGGGAGCAGGGCCAGUCCAGAAACUGGUGUCUGACAGACAUCCCCUGUCACCGCUGCAUUUUGCAGGGUCUCACCUCUCAGACUCACCCUGGGACCCAGAAUUCUAGUUAUCUGUUGUGGCCUUGGAGUAGGUGACAAGCCCCCCAUGGGAUCAUUAUUUAUCCGAAUCUCUGAUUUACUGAUUUAGGGAAUCUGUCAUAUAGUUUUCACGCCUCUCCCAGUAAGGAUUAUUAAACGUGCUCGUGCUGAGCCUCUCCUGAGCA